GGGGAGCAGUCGAGGCUCUCUCUGCCCGGGGCUACAGGUUCUGGCUGCCCUUGUACUGUAUGUUUGCAGUAUGGGGUCAAGGGAGUCUAGAGGAGAGCAGAGUCAGAUUUAGGUGUGAUAAGGCCCUAAGCUACUGAAGGCAGCUGCUCAGUGGAUUCUGUGUCAAACCAUGUCUGAGAACUUUCCCCCCAUAGAGGCUGAUGCUUCUCAUUUGUGUCUUGGGUUCCGAUCCAGAUGCAGGAUGAUUAUGUUCCAGGAUGCUGAGUUCUCACUACCCUUUACUCCAGAGGCACCUCUUACCCCAAUCUCUAACCUAACUCAUGGUUUCAGGACCUUUAGCACAUUAACCGGGGAUACACCAAGACGCUGCCUAGAUCUGUCCAAUCUCAGCCAUGAUGAAGAGGAAACUGCCUUCAACUUCAGCCAGUCCCCGGGUCAGAAGGGUUCAAUGGGACUCCAGAAUAAGCUCAGACUUUCAGGGAGGCAGUGUUCACAAUUGCUCCAGUCCCGGGUACUGUGUAGCACACCGGACACUCGGAGCUGCUUCCGACACAUUAGCAGGGUGAUCAGCAGUCCUUCCAUGAACAAAGAGAAUGAGGGUAGCUCUUUUAAGCGCCCAGGGUGGAGCAUGCCCAAAUCCCUGCUGUUCUGGAAAAAACCACGAGAUGCACAGCAGACCUAUGCUACUAUGCUGGAAGCAGGUGAUCUAGAGGAGUAUGAGAUGAAAGAUCUUGGCAGCCCAAUUUCUGCAGUGACACCACCAGGAAUGCCAGAGUCCUUGGGUGGCUUUCCAGAACUCUGCCCUGAACUGGAAGAGACUGAGAAGCCACUUUCUGGGCAUCUCUCCAGCAUGGCGAUGUUGCUCUCGGGACCACUUCUUACUCAGGACAUCAGUGUCAGUGAGGUCUCUAUGAACAAGACUCGACUCUUCCGAUCCCCAUCACUGCCAGAGAAACUGAACAGCCCCGUGCUGAAGAAGGCAGCAAAGAGCCAAGAUGAAGACGAAGCACCCAUCAAGGUGAAACAGAAGCACAGCCCAACCCAAGAGGAGCCAGAUGGGGUAAUGCAUUUGAAGAAGGCAGCCUCCCUUUCUGACAUGGAGAUUGUCAGAGCACUGGAUCAAGACCACAGCUUCAGGCAGCUGAUUGGAGAUUUCUCCUGUGUGUAUUCACUGCCAACAGUAGCAGGAAGGCAUCAGGACCUGAAAUACAUCACUUCAGAGACCAUGGCUGCUCUGCUCCAAGGCCAGUUCCAAAGCCUUAUAGAGAAGUUCUGCAUUAUUGACUGUCGCUACCCCUAUGAAUAUGAUGGGGGACAUAUCAAGGGGGCUCUGAAUAUCCCCAGGGAAGAUGAUCUAUUUGAAUCCUUCCUGAGGAAGCCUCUUCUCUCAUCAACGCCUCAAAAGCGCCUCAUCCUUCUUUUCCACUGUGAAUAUUCCUCAGAGAGGGGCCCAAAGAUGUGUCGCUAUCUGAGGGAAGAAGACAGAGCCAUGAAUGAGUAUCCUGCGCUGCACUAUCCUGAACUGUAUGUCCUUCAGGGUGGCUAUAAGGACUUCUUCGUAGAAUACAAGGAGCUGUGUGAGCCCCAGAGCUACUGCCCCAUGCGCCACCAGGACUUCAAGGCAGAGAUGCUGAAGUUCCGCACCAGAAGCAAGACAUGGGCAGGAGAGCGGAGGUGGAGGGGUCAAGUUGCGCGUCUCAUGAAGCCGUGAGGACAAAGGCAGUCUUGGAGAAGGGAUUCUGCUCUAAGAGGACUCUUCCCUGGCAAAGGGAUAACCUGAGGUCUCUAUAAUUGAAGC